UCUAACCCAAAAGAGGGGUUUGCGUGUUGAGGGGUUGAUUCAUUAUUUGGCCCCAUUAAAGGCAAAAAUGAAGAAAUCUCCAAUAUACCCGAAGUAUGAAACAACUGAUUAUGAGGGUGAUGGAUUUGAUUCUCAUGUUGUGGACUUCUCGCAGUUCUUACAAGAAGCAAGACACCAUGCAAGAGAAGUAGGUUUCCAGAGCUCAUCACUGCAUCCAGAAGAAAAUGGAAAGAAAAGAUUGGCCGAAGAGAAAAAGGGAAAGAAAUCAUGGAAAAAUUCUCUCUUGUCAUGGUGGAAAGCUGACAAAAAGAGCAAGCUUCAAGUGGAACCAGCAAUUAGUUCUUGCAAUUCAACUCCAAGACAGCGUCUUGUUUCUGGUCCAAUACAUGGCAGUGGCAAGACUAAUGAUUGCAGGUACCGGCAUCCCACAUCUGGGCCUAUUACUGGCCUUUUUAACCCCACUAAGAGAGUGGAGAAUGAGAUAUCUUAUACGUGUCUUGACCAGCUUGACAGACCUCACGAUGUUCAGACCUAUGGACCUGUUUACCUGGUAACAUAGUGGCAUCAACAAGAAGUUGUUGAUUCAACCCCCAAUGUGGUGCUUAUGCAUUCUCCACAUGAAAGUAUUCAUUGGUCUGUUGUGAAAUUGGGGGAAUUUUGAGGAUGGAGAAAACUUUAUGUUGAGGUGCAACAAUUGAUUUCUGAAGUUUUUAAAUAUUGGCUAUGGCGGGUAUGGCAUUUGAUCAUUUUGUUGAAAAAGCAAGAAACUUGGAGACCUAUUUUGUAUAAUUGAGUCAUCCAAGUAACAAGAGAACUUCUUACUGAUCAAUUGUUAUUCCAUUUUGUCAUUAAUAUCCUGUUUCCUUGGUACCUAAUGUGAUUUUUCAGAAAUGUAUGUUAAUUUUACAUUUACUGCU